CUCUCCCUGGUGCUGCUUGUCAGCUGAGAGGCCUCUGCAGAGCGGAAGAGGGCAGCUGUGAGUGUGUUUUGAGGAGGGUCGGGGCCCCAGCAUGGCCUCCAUUCUGGACCAGUACGUGGACUCGCUCUCCCACUCGGCCUCGUCGCAGCAGAGCCGCGCCAGCCUGGGCAUCCCCCACACGGGGUAUGUGAAUGCUCGCCUGGAAAAGGAAACACCAAUUUUUAACAAACAGAGGAUUGAUUUCACCCCUCCUGAGAGGAUUAACAGCCUGGUUGUCUCCUCUAACCAACUGUGUAUGAGUCUUGGGAAAGACAUACUUUUUAGAAUUGACAUUGGGCAUGAGCCUAACCAGGUAGAGCUUGGCGGAAAGAUAGCCAAAGUUCACAAGCUGUUUUUGGACCACACAGGUUCUCAUCUUAUUAUUGCCCUGAAUACCAGUGAGUGCCUCUAUUUGAAUCGAAGUGCUCAGAAGGUGCGCAUUUUGUCCCGCUGGAAAGGUCAUUUGGUUGAAAGUGUUGGAUGGAAUAAGUUCUUUGGUACGGAGAUGAACACAGGCCCCAUUUUGGUUGGGACAGCCCAAGGCCACAUAUAUGAGGCUGAAAUUUCAGUCAGCGAAGGGAGCCUCUUUGGCACUAACCCUGACCAAUACUUCCGCCUCAUUUAUAACCUGGAAGAAGAAGCUGGGCCUGCCCCGGUUUGCUGCCUUGAGAUCGAGCGAGGAAUUGAUGGUAAAUGCUUCAUCAUUGCCACCACCCGCAAGAGGCUCUUCCAGUUUGUUGGCAAGAUUCCAGAGGGAUCAGAACAGCAGGCCUUUGGUGCAAUAUUUAGCAUGCCAGCAGAUCAUUUGCCUGGCUUUCGGGAGUUUCCAGCCAGCCUUGGCUACAGCGAAAUAGCCUUCUACACUCCAAAGCUUCGUUCCUCUCCAAGCUCUUUUUCUUGGAUGAUGGGAAAUGGUGUUCUGUAUGGGUCACUGGACUAUGGACGUCCUGACUCUAUUCUGAGUGAUGAGCAAGUCUGGGAAUAUCCUUCUGACGUGGAUGCAGUAGCCAAUAAGCCUAUCUCCAUAGUGCUCACACAGUUCCAUUUUCUGCUGCUGUUUCCUGAUCAUGUGAAGGCUGUGUGCACACUGAAUGGACAGGUCGUCUUCCAGGACAUGUUCUUGGAAAAGUUUGGCUCCCUGAAGCGUAUGAUCAAAGAUCCCUCAUUUGGGCAGAUCUGGAUUCACACAGAAAAGGUAGUGUUUCGGUAUAAUGUACAGCGGGAGUCCCGUGAUGUAUGGAAGAUGUAUAUGAAUAUUAAUAAAUUUGAUUUGGCCAAAGAAUACUGCAAAGACCGUCCUGAGUGUUUAGAUACUGUGUUGGCAAAGGAGGCAGAAUAUUGUUUCCAGAACAGGAGGUACCUGGACAGUGCAAAAUGUUAUGCAUUGACCCAGAAUUAUUUUGAGGAGAUUGCCCUUAAGUUUAUUGAAGCCCAGCAGGAAGAGGCAUUGAUGGAGUUCCUGAUUAAAAAACUAGCUAACUUGAAGCAGUCCGAAAAGACUCAGACCACCUUGUUGACCACUUGGCUAACAGAGCUGUAUUUAAAUCGCUUGGGUAUACUAGAAGGUGAUGCCUCCAAACGGGAUCUCUAUGAGAAGACUCGUGAUAAGUUCCGCAGCUUCUUGGGCAGCCCCAGAAAUAAAGAAUGCCUGUUUAACAAUCGAGCGACCAUUCAUGAGCUGUUGGCAAGUCAUGGAGACACAGAACAUAUGGUGUACUUUGCUGUCAUAAUGCAUGAUUAUGAGCGAGUGAUAGCCCAUUACUGUCAGCAUGAAAAUUACAAUGAAGCACUAGAGGUCCUCUCGAAAAUCAAGGAUGAGAAUCUCUUCUACAAAUUUUCUCCUGUUUUGAUCCAUCACAUCCCUAAGAAGGUUGUGGAUGCUUGGAUUGAAAUGGGCAAGAAAUUGGAUGCAAAGAACCUCAUCCCUGCCCUGGUCAACUACAGUCAGAGUGGGAGCACCCAGCAGGUCAAUGAAGCCAUUCGAUACAUGGAGUUCUGUGUGAGUGAGCUGAAGGAAACUCAGCAGGCCAUUCACAAUUACCUAUUGUCCCUCUAUGCUUCAUGUCGCCCUGACUCGCUGUUAUCAUACCUGGAACAAGCAGGAACAUAUGCUGACAACAUCCACUAUGACCUGAAAUAUGCACUUCGUCUCUGUGCUGAACAUGGCCAUCACCGUGCUUGCGUACAUGUGUACAAAGUUAUGGAAAUGUAUGAGGAAGCUGUGGAUCUAGCUUUGCAGGUUGAUGUCGAUAUGGCAAAGUCCUGCGCAGACCUUCCUGAAGAGGAUGAAGAGCUGAGAAAGAAGCUCUGGCUGAAGAUUGCACGACAUGUAGUCCAGGAGGAAAAGGAUGUCAAGAAGGCUAUGGCUUGCCUUUCUAGCUGUGAACUACUGAAGAUUGAAGAUGUCCUUCCCUUUUUCCCAGACUUUGUCACUAUUGAUCACUUCAAGGAAGCCAUCUGCAAUUCCCUUGAGGCCUACAACAAACACAUAGAAGAGCUGAAGACAGAGAUGGAGGAAGCAACACAGAGUGCCAAAAGGAUCAGAGAGGACAUUCAGGAGAUGAGGAACAAAUAUGGCUCUGUGGAACCCCAGGAAAAAUGUGCAGCCUGUGACUUUCCACUUCUAAACCGUCCCUUUUAUCUCUUUCUCUGUGACCACAUGUUCCAUUAUGAUUGUCUUCUCCAGGUAGUUUAUCCAAACCUGCCUGCCUAUAAGCAAAUUAAGCUGGAGGACCUUCAAAAGAAGCUUUCAGCGACAAGCCAACCCUCCAAAUCCCACCAUCGCCCUAAAGAUACAGAUGUAACUGGUCAAGGAAAGGGCCAACCAAGUCGUGAACAGAUGAAAGCUGACAUUGAUGAUAUUGUGGCUGCUGAAUGUGUAUACUGUGGGGAGCUAAUGAUCCGAUCAAUUGACAAACCUUUCAUUGAACCACAGAGGUAUGAUGAGGAGAUGCAGAGCUGGUUGUAGGGUUAACAUGCUUCUGACUGAACAAGAGUGUGAAAUGGCCUACAAAGCAUAAUACUGGGCAGCUAACUACCAGACAUCUGAAACUUGAUUUCUAAAGAAGUUUGCAACAGUAUUAUACAAUUUUUGUUCUCCGAGUCAGCUCUGUAGAAUGGGCCAUCAGUGCUGGUCCUUGAUACGAAAUCUUUUCCAAGAGCUGGAGGUCUGCAAAGCACUCCAGCUGACGAAUCUCUGUACAUACAUCCUCAUUACAAUUACAGAAUAGACUUUUCUCUUGUUGAAAAGAACUAAAAAUGAAAGCUUGUGUCACAUUUGGGCAAUUCCCCUAUUUCUGUAAAAAACUAGGUAGUGGUGGAAUUGCCCCGUUGCAUAAACGUACACAUACAAACAACACAAAUGUGAAGUUUCUCCUUGUGUUAUUCUUGGCCAGACAGCCAAGAAUCUGAAACAUAAAAGGUAGUAAAUGUGCACAAGCUCCAUUUUUGAAUAUACGUAUAUCAGUUCUAUUAAUAUGGUGUUAUAAUGCUGUCGUGUUUAAUAUGCACUCAGAGCAAUUCCAUAUAGAUGCUGUGUCUUCUUGUCUCUUAGCAGUUUUCUGCUCCCAGUUUCUUGAAAAGUUACUUGGGGAAGUUGCAAAUUGUUUAAAUUUUCUGUAGGGUUUCUUCGCUUUGUUCAAAGUAAGUGGACAAGUGAUGCCACUGUUCACUGAAAACUUUUGUGUAGAUUGGAGGUGAAUGCCAACCAAACUCUCACAUGACUAUUCCUACUGACCAGGUUAGAGCAGCAUUUUGCCACUUGUGAUCUUAAUAAAAUGACUUGUGCACUAUUUUCUGGAUAUAUAUGUGGGGUGAUAACCUUAAAACAGAGUGUUUUAAUAAUAAAUUGUACAAUUGAAUUGGGACUACUCAGGAUUCAGUUUUAGUAAUCCCGAAAUUAUUAUAGGAAAAUAAGAUUUGACCAACAGUUGGGUAUUGCCUCGGAGUUGAAAGUUGAUUUAUGCCUCGUCUUUUAAAAGCGUAUAUUCUCUAUGUGCAGUGGGCCCUUUGCAUUUGCUGGGAUUAGGGGUUUACGACCACUAUGAAAGUGGAAAUUGCAAAUUAAAAAGCCACAUUUUUUUUAUCCUGAGGUGACACCUCUUUAAGGAUCUCUAGGUCCUCUAGCGCAACUCUGUGGUCAAAAUCUGCCAGAGGUUGACCAUAGAAUUGCGCUGGAGGACUUAUAAGUUCCUAGAGCAUUAUUUUCUCUAGGAAAUAUCUAGGUCCUCCAGUGUUACUCUGUGGUCAGCCUCUGGAAGAGUUGAGUUGGAGGAACUAGAGAUUCCUAGAGAGAACAGAUAAAUCAAAUAAUCACAUCUGUGAACACCAAAGCUGCAAAUGUGGAGGGCUGGCUGUACAUUGGAGUAGAGAAUGGAGUAGAAUCAUAGAGUUGGAAGUGAUCACAAGGGCCAUCCAGUCCAACCCUCUGCCAUUCAGGAACUGACAACCAAAACAUCCCUGAGAGAUGGCCAUCCAGCCUCUGUUUAAAGAUCUCAAAAGAAGGAGAAUCCACCACACUUAACUUACUCUGUGAUGCAUUUUCCCUAUUGUGUCCUCUGCUCCAUUUUCCUCAGGUUGAGCACCCCUUUCCUUUUGUGAGAAGGCUGAGGCAAAGAAGGUGUUGAGUAAAUCUGCCUUUUCUCUGUCCCAUGUUAGCAUUUCUCCAUCUAUUCUCCAUGCAGUGGCCCUACCAUUUCCUCCUCUUUACUGUGAACAUACCCCCCAAAGACUCUUUUAUUGUUCUUAACCUCUCUAGCAUGCCUGAGCUCAUUCUGUGCUUUAGGUUUUCUGACUGCCUCUACACAACAUGAAAUGCCAACUAAGAAAUUGGGAAGCCCAAAUAGGUUUGUUUCAAAAGGAUUUUGUAACUUAAACCACAUUCCCUAGUGGAUUUGGUUUUGGCUGCAAUUAAUUAAUGAGUAGAUCAUAUCUGUACCAGAAAGUUACCAUGGUGAAGCUCCUUUGUUUAUUAGUGUUGAUUUUUUUUUUUUAAUUGUAAUUUCUGGCUGAGUUCAGAGUCUCUGUUGGCUGUUUGGAGUUUCCAGUUUUGGUUGUUUCAGUUGCAUGCAAAUAUAGGCAAAUAACUUCUUUUGUGGAGUAACUGAAUACCUGUUAGUUUUAAUUAAAAAUAUGUGCAUAACU